UCUGAGGCAUCGAAUCGUUCCUAUGGCUCACUUGUCAAUCGCAUUUAUAAAAGAAAUAUAGUAAUUAUAACGGUUAAAAUGUGUUUUCUGAACUCCAGUUGAAAUUUAACGGAGGAUGAGUUUCGAGGCAAAGCGAUGCGGAGUCCAGUUCAGUCCUCCCGCUCUGGUUUUAAUCUACGAACACAAGGAGACUAAACACGUCCGAAAGAGAAUUAUACCCGUGCGAAACUUCUCGAAAUAUUCUGACUACAGCAUGGCCGCGGAGAAGCUGAAGAACCACCCUCGGCACAGGGACUACCUGGAGGCCGUGCCCCAGAGCCAGCUGGAGAAGCUUCACCUCAUCCUGCGAGACCACAUGGAGGGCCUCAGCCUGGAGCGCAGCCUGGCCUCCUUCCGCCUGGACCCCGACGAAGACCUGAACAAGCUGGACGACGACGGGCUGGCCCGCAAGAAGGGCCAGAUGGACGGACUGUUCGAGAGGAACCGGCGGUGCAAAGACGACCCCGACUUCGUCUACGACGUGGAGCAGGACUUCGGCAAGACCGCGCAAGGGAAGUGCAGCUGGGACGAAGAGUCGGACGAUGGAUUUUAAAACCUCUCACAAAGCUCAAGUGUCCAUCUUGACUCGAUGUCAGGCGUCUCUUUUCAGGAGACGUCUUCUCGCACACAGUAAAGUAAACUCGAUAAGCUGCCAGUUUAUUAGGUACAGGUAUCUAUAGCUGAUGCAGUCCGAUGCCAUGUUCUGUUGUUGUGUUUCAGAGUGGGGCUGACUCAGUGUGAACAUUUGGGAGCUAUUUAAAGCGUAAAUAAUCUGCUCACUUCAUUCACAAUCAAGAAGAGGGGAUUGGAUAUUAUAAACACAAAUGCAAGUCAACAUAUCUGGGGACUAAACGCCCAAAAUCCCUUUUUAAAUAUGAACUCGACCAGUGAACGCUGUAACCUCCUUGAAGGUUACAUUUGCUGCUUGAGACUUAAAUUAUCUUCGUAAAUUAAACAGGAUAAAUUAGUUAAAUAAUAACAUAUAAUUAAAUAAGUUAAACAGGAUAUAUUGGCACGUAGAGUUUUGAAUUUGAGGGGAAGUGGACAUUUUAAAAACCACACCAAAAACGUUAAUGAUUGAAAUAACGCACGAAUAAUAGUGAAUAUUUAUUUGUUAUAAAAUACUGAAUUUUACAAAAUACAAAGACUUUGGCUCGUUUAUUUUGUGGCUUUACAGCGAACGUGUUAUUAUUCACAGUUAAAUAGGAAAGAUAGCAAAAUCCUAUUAAAUAAAAUCUGAGUGUACACCGAUAAGGAAGCAAUACAACAUAUAUAUCUUUGAAAUAAGAAAAGUGUCCACAAAAUAUAGUUUUAUAUCGUACAAAGAUAAAUGUGUGUGUUAUAUACUGUAUUUCCAUGAAGUGAUUUAAAGGAGAUGAUCAUAAAACCUCUUCAGGGGGACAUUUUAUUCAAAGUGCGUAAAUACCUCCUUCAGUUGACAAGAGACACGACUGACUGACCAAAAGUACCAAAAUACAUUCAAACGCGUCACGACUUCUUUGAAAAUUAAUAAAGAAUACACGUCCA